AUGAGUGAGUCACACAAAGCAGCAUUAGUAGUAGCAAAGGAAGUAGUAGUAGCAGAUAUUUACAUGGAACUUACCAUGUACCAGAGUCUAAAUCCCGCCGCCAUAGUUUCCACCAAGCCCAAGAGAAAGGCUGAAGAGUACGCUGAAGGUAAAGCCAAGGUGAAGGACCAACUAGAGAGAAGAUCUGCAAGGUUGUCUGCUAAACCUGCUCCUCCGAAGCCAGAGCCCAAGCCUAAAAAGACCCCUGCAAAGAAGGAAAAGAAGGUAUCCAAAGGGAAAGAGGGAGAAACUGACACUGGUAAGGAUGGGAAUAACCCUGCAGAAAAUGAAGAUUUUCAUUUAGAACAGACGACACAGAAAGCUGAAGGUGCUGGAGAUGCCAAGUGA